UUCACACCCCAAUCGCACCCCAAUCGCACCCCCAAGCCGGGCAAGCCUCAGGGAAUAGAAAAUCACCAGAGCACCAGCGCCAGCACCAGCCAGCACCAGCCAGCACCAGCCGACCAAAACCAACCCCCAGCCAGUUCCCAACUUGAAAUUCCCACCUGCACUUGCACUGCAUUGGACCUGGUCUGCCGCCUGCCAAUCUCGUUGAGCUCAGUCCCUGCCUGCCCUGUUCCGUCCCGUCGUCCUCGAUUCUUUCUCAUCCGCCGAUACUUUUUCGAUUUCCAUUUACAAUUCUCUUUGUGAUAUUGCAUCUCGCGCCGAGUCUCCAGCAUCCAGCCUCCUAAGUCUUUCCCUUCACCGCCGGCACCUAUCGAGGUUUAGACUUGAGACAUCGUCCCCUCCAAGCCUCAAACUAACCCCUCUGCCUUCUUUUUUUUUUUUUCUUCCCUAACGCCUUUUUUUUUCUCCUGCGAGUCAAAACCGGCCGAUACCUGCCGACAUUUCAAGACAGCUCGCGAUAAGACAACCUCUUAAUCAGGGACAUCAACAUAUCAUUCCUGCUCCUGCAAAGGAGCUUAGCAAGUCAACAUGGUGGUUGCAACAAUCAAGUGCGUGGUUGUUGGUGAUGGUGCCGUUGGCAAGACUUGCUUGCUCAUCAGCUACACAACCAACAAGUUCCCUUCGGAAUAUGUACCCACGGUUUUCGACAACUAUGCAGUCACGGUCAUGAUAGGAGACGAGCCUUACACUCUUGGAUUAUUCGAUACCGCCGGUCAAGAAGAUUAUGAUCGUCUACGACCCCUAUCAUACCCGCAAACCGACGUCUUCCUAGUGUGCUUCAGCGUCACAUCGCCUGCCUCCUUCGAGAACGUUCGAGAGAAGUGGUUCCCUGAGGUUCAUCACCACUGCCCUGGCGUACCCUGCCUCAUCGUUGGCACCCAGACAGAUCUGAGAGAUGACCCCAGUGUUCGGGAGAAGCUUGCCAAGCAGAAGAUGCAACCGGUGCGCAAGGAAGAUGGAGAACGAAUGGCCAAGGAACUCGGUGCGGUCAAGUACGUAGAGUGUAGCGCUCUCACUCAGUAUAAGCUGAAGGACGUAUUCGACGAGGCCAUCGUUGCAGCACUAGAGCCUCCGGCGCCGAAGAAGAAGCCUCACAAGUGCUUAAUUCUAUAAUGUCGUUUAGUUGGACAAGCCGUAGGCAUUUCCUCCUUCAUUCCUUCAGCAUCACUACAGGCUGCGACGACAAGCUCCAACAAGCAUUGGAAGGCAUAAGGAUAUGCCAUUUUUGGACCUUUUCCACGACAUCUGCAUUUCUCGUAAUAGGCGAUUUUUUAGACAUGUGCGCUUGUGAUAGCACAAGUGGAUAGGAUUCGGAAUGAAUCAACUACGCGCGGAAGCAUACCGCCUAAGUGAGGUAGCAUUGGAACAGCUAGACUAAGAGAUGCCCAUAUAGGGUUCCAGUUCUAGCCUAUCCGGGGCAGGAGAAGCCUCUUACAGUCCAGAGAAUUCUUGAAGUCCGGAAUAUAGACAGAUACACCAACGGCGGACAAGGCGGACAAGGGCCCGUCCUCGACAUAAGAGGCAAGGCACCGACUACUUUCCCUCUGGACAAGAACUCGAGUCAUACUGGCCCCGAUUCUGUUUUCUCUUUUUACUACUUUCUAGCAGCCAGGGUUUGGAGGGGAAUUCAUGAAUGCAGGCAGGACUUUGAUAGGAUUGUUUGGCGAUCGGAGUGCAUCUGAAUUGAUUUGAUCGUCUAUCUUGCCAGUAACAUCAUCUUGUGAC